AGACCAGUGGAGCUUUGAUCGGACAUCAGUUUGAAAAGAACUUACGAAGCUAAUAAAUCUCUCUAAGUGAAUCGAAUUUGUUAUUUGAAGUUAUUAUUCAAUAAAAAUAUUUUGUGAAAUCUAAAAUGGCACUUGUACCAUCAAAUUACUGGCGGGACUGGUGGGACGACGUCGAGAGGCCACAUCGUUGGCUGGAUGGUCACUUUGACCUUACAAUUCGCAGAGAUAGCUUAAUCAAACCACUCACCACACCAUAUUUUCGGGAUUACUUCCGACCUUGGAGAAAUUUAUUGGAUGAAGUGAAUACAGAUUUGGGUAAAAUCGAAAGUGACAGCGACAAAUUUCGUAUUACCGUUGAUGUUCAGCAAUUUUCACCUCAUGAAAUAAUUGUUAAAACCGUUGGGAAUUCAAUAAUUGUUAAAGCAGAACAUGAAGAAAAAAAUAGUUCACGAGAAUUUGUCUCGAGAAAAUUUAUGAGACGAUACGAUUUACCAAAAGGUCACGAUAUUUCUAGAGUCAUGUCUAGUCUUUCAACCGAUGGUGUAUUGACUAUCACUGCUCCUAAAUUUUGUGCACCUAUUCGAGGUGAAAGGAUCAUCCCUAUUAAUCGCACAUAUUUUCCUUCACUUAAGCUGUAAGCAUCAGUUUUUAAUGUGAAAAAUCGCUAAUGAGAGGGCUAUAAAUGUUUUCUUCUUCCAACUGAAACGACUCUGACGAAUAGAGUAGAUAAAUAAUGAACUUUUCAUUAUUCCGAUAGUUACCUAACGAAAAAUAAUAAAAUGAAAUAAUGUAUAGUUAUAUUAAUUGAUGUAUUUCGAAUUAUUAUACGAUAAUUAUUAAUACUAUGAAAAAUAAAAAAAUUAAUUGCAAGUA